AUGAAAGGGGCAAUGGUUUUUGAGACAGUUUUUAAGAAACAGCUCCAGGUGCAUGCAACCUCAAUACUAGAGGCCUCUAUUGAGAAUCCAGAAGCGUACGAUUACGAGUUGGAUCUUAGUACACUCAUUGCCAGUUAUACUCUCCAUAGUGAGGAAGAGAAGGCAGAUCAAGAGGCAAUAAACCUGGUGCAGAAAAUCCUAUUUGCAGGUACAAUUCACCAUACUGCCAAUGCUCUUGAAACACUUGACUCUGCUUUGCCCGACCCUUGGCCCGCUUUCACAUUUGGCGAGCACCCUAUGGAGCGAUACUGUGCCUACACAUGCAUCAGAUACCUUUUGUACCAGACAACCGCCUCUAAAUUUGCUGCUACUACGACAAAGGUCGGGAAGAACACAUACUUUGCACCUAGCGAAGUGACUUUAGAUAGGCUCCCAGCUUGGAUGAGCAAGGACACGGUGUUGGAGACCCCAGGGGCAGAGGCAAUUAUUGAUCUUAUGCACCAAUACAAGCCUGCGCCCAACCAAAUUUCUCUCCGGCUUGUUCGUGAAGAUGUCACUGACGAUGAUGACAAACUCACUGAUCAUAUCAACACCUUCCUCCGGCGCUGCAAGAUCCAUCUACAAAAAGAGGACACUACCUACCAGCACGAUACAAGUGAGUUCAACGUCGGCCCUCAAUGGCGUGACCACCUACGACACGUGUUGUUGCUCCCUCGUCUCUGGUGCGAUUUCAGUACCUUGACGUUAUUCUCACUUAACGAGGCUAUAGCAAUCGAGCCAGGCCCUGUACAUGUUCCAAAGGAGUGUCCGUGGACUAUCUACAACAACGACAAUCCUGAACAGGUAAUUCCCUGGACUGACGUUCAAGAGAUCCUACAAGCUGGGGCCAAGUUUCAGAUUCAAUAUGCCCUCAAGGUAAUUGAUACCAAUGAGGACGGUCCAUAUCCAUUUGAGUUUAAUGGGGGACCUAUCCAGGUGCGCAGUAACAUUGCUAUUGCUACUACUGUAUCUACAGCAAUCCGGGAUACUAUUAUGGCAGAUGAACCUGACAACACUAGACCUCAACCUAUGGAGAGCCUGGCAUUAGAUGACAAACCCCAGUGUGAUGAUAAGGGAAAGGGGCCCAAAACCACAGAAGCUGCUACCACCACCCCCUCAUAUCUAGAGGGAGUCCUGUCUGGGGCAAACACACACGGCAUUCGAGGGGCUAUAACCCCAGAUAAGUUAUUUGGCGACAGCCAAUUGUAA